AUGGCGGCAGCUAUAGAUUUGUACAAUAGCAGCACCUGCAUACCUUCUUCUUCUUCUUCAUCAGAUUUUUCAGAUCCUUGUAGUGGAGAGCUGAUGAGAGCACUUGAACCUUUUAUGAAAAGUGCUUCUCCAUCUCCUUCUCUUUCCCCUUCUUCUUUUUACCCUAAUUUUUAUUCCCCUGAAUCUCAAUCGAGCUCUGCCCAAUUGUUUUCACAAGGGUACUCUAUCUACAACCCCCAAAUCUCAUACCCUUCCUCUUCCCUAGGUCUAAACCAGAUCACCCAGUCCCAAAUGCUCCAGAUCCAAGCUCAGUUCCAGCUCCAGCAGGCGAAUCUCGCCGCCACUCUGCAAACCCAGAGGUACAGCAGCUUUCUCGCCCCGAAGCCCGUCCCGAUGAAGCAAUCCGCCGCAGCCGCGGCGGUGGCUUCAUCGAAGCCGGUGAAGCUCUACAGGGGAGUGAGGCAGCGCCACUGGGGGAAAUGGGUUGCAGAAAUCAGGCUGCCCAAGAACCGAACCAGGCUCUGGUUGGGCACCUUCGACACCGCCGAAGAAGCUGCUCUGGCUUACGACAAGGCAGCUUACAAGCUGAGAGGCGACUUCGCCCGGCUCAAUUUCCCCAACCUCCGCCACCAGGGAGCUCACGUCUCCGGCGAAUUCGGCGAAUACAAGCCCCUCCAUUCCUCUGUUGAAGCCAAGCUCCAGGCGAUUUGCCAGGAUUUGAAACAGGGGAAAACAGGGGAGCCGGGUUCCAAAAGGGGUAAGAAGGCGAAAUCCGCCGUCGGUACCCCGGCGGUUCCGUUGAUGAAAGUCGAGCAAUCGUCUGAGUCGGUGAGCGAGGAGUCUUCUUCGAAGGUGGAAGAGUCCUUGACCGGAUCUUCCUCUUCCUCCUCUUCCCCUGAAUCGGAGAUGUCGUUUUUGGACUUCUCGGAGACGGAUUCCAGCUGGGGAAUGGCGGAGAAUUUCGGUUUGGAGAAGUUCCCUUCUGUGGAAAUCGAUUGGGCAGCGAUCUGA